AUGUUCUCAAAUUUCAAACCGGUUGCAACACCAUCACCAGGCGUCCACCAACAGCAUCAUCACACCCUACAACAAGAUUUAUUGUUCGGAAACGGCAGCCAAAACAAUGUUGUCAAGGAAGGACCACCAACCAUUAUGAAUCAAUCUUCUUCCAUGCUGAUGGCUUCUAAUGAGCCCACAAGAGAACCACAACAACAACAACAACGAAAUUACUUUCAAUCAUCAUCAUUUCAACCACAUUCUGAUUAUUCCAUGUUUCAAGAGGAUGAAGAAGAAUUACUAUUUGAUACCAUCAACACUACGAAUUCAAGUAAUCACUCCUCCUUCCUGAUGAUGGGACAUCCAUCACAAUCGGAUUGGCAAACAACCUCUCAGCAACAACAAGGCUUGCUCGGACCUCGGCAGUCAAAAAUGAUGACACAUUCAUUUCCUUCUUCUUCUUCGAAUACUACAGCUAUGAAAUUCUCCUCUAAUAAUAAUAACAACAACAAUAAUAACAUUCAAUCAUCCUCCACUCUUAAAUCUCCAUCUUCUCUGAAUCAAUCCUUUUCAAGUCAAUUGAAAGAAGUGCCAACCAAAUCCAAUCAUUCAAUAUUUGUUUCUUCCAAAGAACAAUUACCUCAAUGUAUGGACUAUCUCAAUAACAAGCUAAAUAACACAAUGGCAUUGUUACCAUUAAUGUCCUAUUACAGUGAUUUGAAUGCAAUAGGAUCCUUUAAAUUAGAUUUCAAUAAUCCUGAUAAUGAUAUUUUUGUUACUAAUGUCAUUUAUUACCUUCUAAAAGAAAGAGAAGAAGAGGCUAUUACUAAGGCUACACUGCAAGACAAGAUUCGAAGAUUACAAUGUGAUCAAAAUGCCAUUUCUUUAAAUAAUAACAAAUUAGAACAAAAAGCAAGUGAUACCCAAAAGCUCUAUGCCAUGGAACAACAAAAGUAUUUGAAUUUACAAAAAGAAACAAGAUUAAAGUUGAAAAAAUUAGAAUCAGCAAAGACAAGCUUAGAAACACAAAACAAAAACAUUCAACAAAAAUGUGAUCAAUAUGAACACAAUUUGAUCAAAAUGGAAAAAGAAAUGGACAAAUUGAAACAACAAAUGACACACAAAUUGAACACAAUGCUCAUGAAUGCAGGAAAUCCAUCCAAUAAGGUGGAUGUUCUCAAUCAAUCCAACCAUCCAGCAAUAUCAUCUCCAGCUUUGACAUUACCUCACAAUAGAUCUUUUAAUAGUGGCAUGUGGAAACAUGGAUUGGAAAGAAAUGAAGAUAUUCUCUAUCAGAAUGUUGUUGAAGCAUUUAAAGAUGAAAAACAAGAAAUUUUAGCUGAAAAUCAACAAUUGAAACGAUCACUUCGACAAUUGAAUACUGAAUUGAAUCACUUGAGACAACGAUACUCUUCUACUACAUCAUACGAUGGUGAUACUAUCAGAGAUGGUCAAUUCGAAUUACCUUAUCAUUUGGCACAAGAUGAAAUUGAAACAGCCAUUCGAGAAAAGAUUCAAGAUUUGAAUCAUAUUUUAGAAAGAGCAACAAUGCCAUCUCCUUCUCAUCGUGAAGGAAUGAGACUAAUCCAUCACCAACAACAACAUUCAAUUCUUCAAGAUGAUGAAAUGGAUGAUGAAUUGGAUCAAGUGGAUUUUGAUGACAAGACAGCAGUGAAAUCAGCAAUUGAAACUCUUCAAUCGAAAUGCAAUCAAUACAAACAAAUGAUUAAGGAACAGGAAACACUCAUUGAUCAACUCUCAACAAGAACAUCCUUAUUACGAUCUUCUACCACAACAGAUGAUGACUUGACACAUUUUCCAAAAAGGAAUGAACAGAGUGGCUCCACUAGUCCUAAUUUAGAUCUUUUAGAUUCACACCACCACCACCACGAAUUACUUUUACAUUCAUUGAAUCAUGAAGAUGCCAUCACAACCUUCCAACCCAAGUCGAUCAACUUUUAA